AUGCAUAUAAAUGGGCAGUAUAUGAUAGAGCAUGUAUGGUUUGCAUUCAUUUGUGAUUUUUUUUUUUUUUUUUUUUUUUUUAGGCCAGACCACUUGAAUGGACACAUCAAACAAGUACAUACAACAGAAAGACCUCACAAGUGUCAGACAUGCAAUGCUUCAUUUGCAACACGGGAUCGAUUGCGCUCUCACUUGGCAUGCCAUGAAGAGAAGAUACCUUGCCAAGUGUGUGGCAAGUACCUGAGGGCAGCAUACAUGGCAGAUCACUUAAAGAAGCACACCGAAGGACCAUCCAACUUCUGUGGCAUCUGUAACAGAGGUUUCUCUACUGCUUCCUACCUAAAGGUUCAUGUAAAAACACACCAUGGUGCUCCUGCUGCCCCGCUCCCUAUGAGUCAGUUGCCAGUCCCGAAUGGUGCAGCAGCAGUGUUCCAGAGCGACACGACGUGUAUCAUCAAAGACGAUCCAAAGUGUCCCCACCAGGAGCAGCAUGACAACUCGGAUUCCUUUGGGGACCUAUCUGAUGGCAGUGAACUCAAGUCACCAGACAAACUGAACCAGAAUGGCCCUUAUCCCUGCGAAGCCCUCAAGCCAGAUCCAGAGAUGGAGAGGAAAUACCCAUGCCCUGACUGUGGGUCAUGCUUCCGCUCCAAGUCUUACCUGAAUAAACACAUACAGAAAGCCCAUUUGAAACCAUUGGCUGGACCACUGGGAGACCUGGGUCCUGCACUGAGCUCCCCUUUCUCCCCACAACAGAACAUGUCGCUGCUGGAGUCUUUUGGGUUUCAAAUUGUCCAGUCUGCAUUUGCCUCUUCACUGGGGGAUUCAGAGAUGGAGCAGGGCCCCAUGAGUGUGGACGAUAAAUGAAUUUUAUUUUAAAAAUUAAGUAAAAAGCUUAAUUAGGGUAUGGAUUAGAAAAGCUACCCUCAUGUAGCUCUUAGGGGUGUUAUAGUGUGACAUGAAAUAUUAAAAGAGCCCCCCUUUUUUAAAAAUAGUUUUCAGACUGUAAAUUUGUAGCUGUUUAUGGUUUGUUUUCCUUUCCCUGUUUUAUAAUUAACAUGGAGUUUUAGCAGACAUUACAUUGUAACAAACGUAUGUUUCUGAACACUGGACUGCAGUAUUAAGCACAUAUGCCAUUGUACUGAUAAAGCUGUCUGCAGUGAAGUAUUGGGAUGUCGUUCCUCUCUUUUGUGAGGAUGUCCCACGUAAGUAUACUGUAGCCGAAUACUGAAUGGCGACUGGCUUUGUGCACCCUAACCCAAUAUAGAAGGAUCAAGAGGCGUCCCUCCAGCAUAAUGUCCUUGGUGCUUUCUCUUCAAAGGGCCCCAAAAGCUAAAUCUUGAGGUAACUUCAAGGAACGCUGUUAGCAUUUGUGCAGUUUUAUUUAUAUUUGAUCCCUACAUUCUUUAAUAUUGUACAUGCUUAUUUUUUUUUUUAACUGUUAUGACCACAUUACUGUUUUAACAAGUUGUCUGUCACAUGAUGUUACAGAAUUCUUUUGGUUGUUAUCAAGGCAUAAUUCACUUGAGUGUGCAGCCAUGACUGUAUUACUGUCUGAGUGGCUGCCGAUUGUAUGUUCCUUUUAGCAAGAAAAAUUCACUGGAUGCUGAUAAAGGAAUGUUAAUAUAGUGUGUAGCAGCAUCAGUCUAGUGGGUAAGCUGGUUCAACUUGUAGUACUACUCACAUUACAAGUUACAUGAAUUAAGUUCAUUGGAUUUAAAAAAGUCAUAAUCUUUUCUAAGGUGUCUAUAGAGAUAAAAGGUUAGUAUUUUUUUAAAUAUGUUACCCCCACCUAUGUUCCUCCACCUGAUGUAAUUUUCUUCUUUUCCUGGAAGAUGGGCCUUGCAGGAAGUGAGUGAGGGAUGAUGUUGUCAUGUCGUAAUAGAUUGCCUUGCACUUUUACUAAGUACUGAACUUUGUUAGCAAUUUAAAGAAGCAACAAGAAACUUUUCUGUGGCUGAGUAAGGGAAUUUGUUUGCUGCAGACUUCUAGCCAUGUAGCAUGAGAGACAGAGAAUAAAUGUAAUCAGUGCUGGUGUGCAAUAAUGACUAGCUAGCAACACAUACUACCUUCCACAUUGCUUUAUAAGCCCAUCCAUUUCCUGUUUGAAGGACACUGGAUAGGAGCUGGUGAUGGCAACUUUGUCACACUGUUGGUGCCAUUUUUAAAUGCCCAGACUGCUUGUAAGUGAUUGCUUCAUUACUGCUUUUGUAUUUUUGAUUUGUUUUGUUUUUGUCAUUAGAUUUUUCUUUCCCUGUCUCUUGGCCAAAAUCUGGACCCUCCCACCCCCUCAGUAUCAGUCCUUUGAAGCGUAGUAGUCAUCAUCUGUGGAUUUUCUUUCUUGCAGUAAAAGUCUCUGUGUCAGAAUUAAGUUCUUGUAAAUUUUGAUGUUAUGUUGUCCUAUCUCGCCUUCAUUCUUGCUGGUUGGGUUUGGAGCCGAACCUCAGGUCCGACUCAGCCCCAUACCAAAGCUCGAGAGCUUCAACUGGCUUGAGACUACAACCUGUCCCAUGAUGUUUAGCGGCUGUUCCCCAGAUCUCGUUUGCCGCUUGAAGCAUCGGGAUGGUCUUCGCUGGUUCAGGCUAGUAAUUUCUUUUAUUAUAUACCUUUUACUAUAUUUUCUCUCAAAAUCUUCAUAUUAGACUCUCUUAUACCUUCCCAAUCCAACUAGAGUGCUCGUGUGUUGUUAUUACUUGGGUGUGUCUUAGGUUGUUCUCCUUGGCCCCUUGUUUUUUCUCUUAUUCCCCUUAAAGAAUUUGUUUAAAUUAGAGGAUUCUUUCUAUUUAGCCCCUUUCUUUCUUCAGGACUUCUUUUCCUUUUUAUUACGGAGUCACCAUUUAAGUUAGAGGUGUCUCCUCCGGUUGGAAGAGACUGUCGUUUAGCUUAGAGACUUCUCCUCCUCUUAUCCCUUUCCUAAAAAAAAAAAAAUCUUUGCUUGCCUUUUUUCUAUUGCAGUUACUGUUAGCUGGUGGUGGUGGUGGUGUUGUUGUUAUUGGCUUAAAAGAUGUCUAAAGAACCUGUUAAGAAGUCGAGACAAUCUGGUUUUAAAAAGUGCGAUUCAUGCACCCAAAAAAUGUCUCUAACAGACGGCACCCAAAAAAUGUCUCUAACAGACGGACACACAAGUUGUGUGUAUUCUCUAGGAGCAGUCCAUCUUUAGGACUCUUGCUCCAUUUGUCAUGUCUUUAGUGCAAGGGUUUUACAGGAGAGGAAAAACAAACUCAUUUUGAGGGGGUUUGUUGAAAGGCUCUUUUGAAGAAGGUAUUCAGGCCUCAAAAUAAAUCGGAUAAGACAAAGAAUUUGGCUCCGGUGUCUGAGCCGUCAGCCAGUCAAAAAGAUACAGUAACUUCGGAUCCAAAGGCUUUCGGUUCUGACAAAUCUGGCCCUCCCUUGGUUCCAUCUGAAUCUGCGGAGCCGAAAAAGGAGUCAGUCACAGUCAUUGGAGCCAAUACACUUGGUGCCACAAUCUCCUCUAUUACAGUCGGUGGCAGUAGUCACAGUUCAUCGAUCCAUUCCUCUUGGUCCUCCAGGUUAUCGGACGAUGACAUGGACCUGGUGGUGAUGAGGUUCCUGCGGAUGCGGGCCCUAGCAGAAAUUCUUUCGAGCCCAACCCAUCGGAUCGUGGAGCCAACCACUGUACCUCAGAUACCAUCUAUUCCUCCUCCCAACUCGAUCGAUUUCAGUGCAAGAGUGUCAGGAAGUUGUUGUGCUGGAACCAGCGGAGCCAGUAAUCACUCACGAUAUCUCUGCUCUGAUCUUGUCGAUGCUGUCUUCCAUCAAGGGAUCUGGGAGCUGACACUUCCCUGGUCAGCUUCGGGGGGGGGGGGAGUCGAAUUGGACCCUUGUCAGAACUGACUCUCCCACUCUUCACUUCAGCGCAGGUGAGUUCGGCUCCCACAUCAGCAUUGGAGCCUGGGAGAUCUCCCAGUCCUUCGGGACUGGAGUCUCUGCCCAGGACCGCGGUGCCUUAGAGAUGCUGCAGUGUGUGCUCUCCACUGAGUUUGCUCCACCUUCAGCUCCAGACACUCUUCCCCCUAAAGGGCGAGCGUCUUCUGCUUCAUCUUCCCUCCAGCAGCCCCAGAGUGGAGAGUCAGUGCCCCAGGAAACCCCAGUGGGUGGAACCGUGGACCCUCCUCUUCCGACACCUCCCCGGAACAUUCCCCUGAGGUGGUCCCUCAGAAGAAGCAUUGUAAGAGGAAGCUCAUAAACUCCCCUGAGUCAGUCACCUCUGAUACUGACUUAGAGGAUUCUGAAGGGUCCCCACAGUCGCCCUCUGAGGAUGUCUCUUUUUCAGACAUCCUUGAGAUCCUUAAACAGAAGUGCGGCUGGAAAUCCCUCUCCCAUUCUGAGGAUGAGUCUGUAUACCUGGAGGCAUUUGGCUGUCGCCCCUCCACCUCUUGGGUGUAUCCGCCCUUCGACCUGCUCCUGGGUGUUGGGAGUCGGACGGUGUGGGACUUUCCCCGAGUCAGUGGACUCCAAUGUUCUUCGUGUUUCACUGUUGCUGUCAUCACAUUUGGGUUAUCUGCUUGCAGUAGCCCUCAG